AUGGUCAAAGCAACGGAAGCUCUUCCCCACGCCGAGAAUUUGAACUGGAGGCCAGACGGGAUUUACCAGAAAGCUAACCUCGCGCAAUUAACGUUGGAUAUUAUAUACUUUUGCAACGGGACGACACCCGACUCUCCACUAGAUGUUAUUGACAGCCUGUUCCCGGCACCGUUCAUCUCAUUGGACUCGAGGGAGCACGGCCUAUCUGACGAGGCCUCAGCAAGGAAAAUUUUCGAAAUGGGCCUGGCGAUUCGAACUCAGCGUUGUAUACUUACAAUGCACGAGGCCCCAAAGGCAACAAACAGCGAAAUGAUAUUAAGAGACAUAUUCAAUGCCUCUUGUGCAGAUACUGCGCUGCGCGGGUGGGAGAUGGGUGGCCUUCAAGAUGAAAUGGGCGAUCUACCCGACAGAUUCCAUGAUCAAGUUCAAAAGAGAAUUGAAAAGAUUCGGGAAGCGCUCCGAAAGGACACGUCAAUACCCGUAGACUUCACUACGCUGAAGACUGCAUUUCCAUGGUCCGAAUUCGUCGUGCAGCUUGCAGCAUGGGUUCGAGAAACAACCGCUCAAAUAAACAAUCGGCUGCGGGAGCAGGAGGACCACAUUACAGCGAUAGCUAAAUUGCGGCAAGGAUUAGAGUCAAGGAUGGGCACCGAGUCGUUGCGACCAACGCCGGCGCUGGCAGCGUCACCCGGGUCAAGCGUGCACUUCUGGAGAGAGGCCCGACAAGCUUCGCAAAGAACAGUCACGCCGGCAGUACGCGCUUCACCAGAAACCGACAAUCAACAACUGCCCCUGCAGCCAGAACCUCCACCACCCCUUCCGCCCGCAGCACCCCAAAGAAACUUUAUAUCUAUCACGUCGAUCCGGCAUCUCCAAAAGCUAAGGGAACGAACCUGCGCUGCCGUUUCUCCAGGCCUCCCGCGUAGAUCGCUAAGCCAAAGCCACGAGCGUGGGUCGGUAAGGACAGCAGGGCCCGCGGAAACCAGCAACAAGGGAGACGAGCAGACCUCAGCUUUAGUGGACAUUGACAGCACUCCUGUUUCGUCACGAAGAACAUUCUUGAACCGCCAAGCAAAUGCGGAAAGAGUGUCUCCAAUCCGAUACACCCAGGAUGGGGCCGACUUGGAACCAGACAUGGAAAACACAAGGAAACGACGCCGCGCGGAGGAGAAUGAAAGUGAGGAGAGUGCAUUUGAGGACAGACCUGGCGUGUAUAACGACACCCCUCGCCCCUCAAAAAGACGGCGAGUUGAUCCGAGGGCGACGACUACACAGGCCAGCUCGGCGCCGUCACCAAGAGUUCCACGGCGCUCCCAAUCAGUCACGGCUGAGGCUGCUUCGGCUCCGGCCUUGCACCGUCAGCGCCCCGAGGGUGUUAGGAGCAGAGAGAACGCCGUUAGAAGGCUGCUGAACCCAACUUUGCCAGGAGCGCCAAGAGUGCGUUUGGCCUGGACAGCUCAGGAAUCCAGACAGCUAGUGCGUUUGGUACGAAAAUACGGGCCGUCUUGGGUAGCCAUAAAAUCGGCCGACGAUGAGGAGGAGGAGCCGAAGCUUGCUAAUCGGGGUCAAGUUCAACUCAAGGAUAGGGCGCGCCAAAUGGUCUUUGACUGGCUCAGGGCCGGGCAGCGGCUGCCAAAGAAUUUCAUACUGAUUGGCCUUUCCGCGAAACAUAUUGCCAAAUUGGAAGCCAUGGGCAUAGAUUUUAUGCAGCGAAGGGAGGAGAGUGAGCAUGAAGAUGAUUAUGAGGAUGAAUGA